AUGUUUAGUCCCACGUGCACGGUGCGCGCGUGCACGUGGGGCGAUCCGUCCACAUUCGGGGCGUUAACAUCCAUCACUUGGAGGCUCUAUGACAUCCUUCCCCUGGAGGCUCUACAGACCUGGUGGACCUUUGUGGCUCUACAGACCUGGUGGACCUUUGUGCUAGUGGAUCAGUUUCAGGUCCUGGUUGCGGCCAACAAAGCUUUCCACCUGCAGACCGUUGGGAAACUGAAGACCAGGUCCCUGAACUCUGAGAUCAUCUUCAACCUGUCUCCCACCAACAACAUUUCUGAAGCUUUCCGGAGGUUCGGCGCCUCGGAGGGCGACGGCGCCGUGCUCGUGGUCGUCGUGCACGACAAAGACCAGGUCCAGGUCCCGUCGGAGAUCCGGGCCCGGGUCGACGGGAGGCAGGUCCCCGUGGAGGAGAUCUCCUCCCUGUCCGACCCCGCCGCCAUCAGAAAGGUCUGA